CACACACACACACACAGACACACAGACACACACACAUACUACACACACACAAACACAAACACAAAACACACAUUUCAAUCUUCAGUAGAUCAUCAUGUUCUCUGACAUUGCCAAAAACCUCAACUAUCAGUUCGAAACAUUCGAACCACUAAAGACCUUAAUCGAAGAGAAAGCACGACAACAAGGAUUUUCAGUUGCCAUUCGUAGCAGCACCCCCGGUGUCAGAUUCUACCUGAAAUGCAUCCACGGAGGCGAAUAUAGAAAUAAAAGAGGAAUCACAGACGAAAGCAGAAAGAGAAAAAAGGCUAUUGUCCAAUGUGGCUGCAAAUGGGCGUUGUUGGCUGCCUUUAGCAAGAAGUCUCAGCGCUGGGGAGUGCGCUAUGUGAAAGGCCACUCUGAAGAAGUCGAACAUAAUCACCCCAUGGAAGCACAUCCUCCUAUGCCGCGUAGAGUUCAGCGCAAAAUCCAGCAGCCCACCAUGCCAACACUGAGCUCAGUCGGAUGUAUCUCCAGCAAACUCGAUGCUGCACUGAGAUCCAUGUUCUUUGCUCGCAGUGAGAAGCAGUUUUGGCUCUCUGUUGACCAGUGUCGGGCAGCCAUGAAGAGAACCUCAAAGGCUGAGGAGCUUUGCCAUCUUCUUGAAAAACAAUUGACAAAGAGAGUAUUCUGGGGUGGUCCUUGGGCUGAGACCUUGCCACACAUGGGCUAUCGAAUGACCCAGUCUGUAGAAGGUACCCACGCUGCAAUUAACAACAUCCUUGGUCAACACCUUGGUCUACUGGAAUCCAUCAAGGCAAUCGAGCCAUACAUCGCCAGUUCGAUGAUCGAUGAACAAAGACUUUUUGCUGUCAAAUGUUUGGACACACCUAUCAAUAUUCAAGAGCACCCGGUAUCCUUGUCUUCGAUCAUGAACAGCAUCAGCUUCUUUGCAAUCAAUUCCAUCAAAUCCGAACUUACUAUUGCAAGCUGGUUUGCACCAAAAGAUAUGAGUCAGCUUGACUGUGAUUGCCCACUAAGAGUCAAUUUCCUUCUCCCUUGCCGGCACACGCUUCAUCUGAAUGUUCAGAUCCCACUGAUGGCUAUUCACCCAAGAUGGAGAGUCUUGUCCUCGGAAGACAUUCCAUUCUGUCUAACCGGUAACCAAGGCCUAACGUUCUAAGGCCAUCGAAACAGCCAAACUCCCCUUUUCUUUAACACACUCACGCCCAUUCUCACCUCAACCCCUACUCUCCCCCCCCCAACCCUUAACUCCAGAUCUCGAUCUCACUUUGACUUUUCCACUCACUCGCUCACUCACUCACUCAUUUACUUACUUACUUACUCACUCACAAACAGACAAACGUACAAACGUACAAACGUACAAAUGUACAGACGUACAGACGUACAAACGUACAUAUAUAUAUAUAUAGUAUAUAUAUAUAUUAUACAUAUUUGAAAUAAGGAGUUUGGGAAUUUUCAAAUUUGCUUAAUGAAGGACAAUAACCCUUUUAUUACAAGUACAAAAAAAAUGCAACAACAGCAAUAACAUAUAUUUUUAAAAAAAAAUACCAAAAAAUAUAUAUAAAUAUAAAUACAAAUACAAAUACAAAUAUAUUUUACUGAUAUUUCAU